GGAAGAGGCUGCGGGGCCGGGAAGCCUCUCUCCGGUCUGGCCGGGUCCCCGGGACCAGCCGCCCGCCGCGAUGCCGAGCCCCAGGAGAACCAUCGAGGGACGGCCGCUGGGCUCCUCCGGCGGGAGCAGCGUCCCGGGCAGCCCGGCCCACGGAGCAAGCGGUGGCAGGUUCGAAUUCCAGUCGCUGCUGAGCUGCCGCCCGGGCACGGAUUCAGCCUGCGCCCGGCUGCGCGCGUCCGAUAGCCCGGUGCACCGGCGCGGCUCCUUCCCGCUGGCUUCCUCUGGCCCCGCACAAGCAGCCCCGACCCUGCCGCCCGAGGAGGACCGCAUGAACUUGAACCCGUCCUUCCUGGGCAUCGCCCUGCGCUCCCUGCUGGCCAUCGACCUGUGGCUGUCCAAGAAGCUGGGAGUGUGUGCCGGGGAGAGCUCGGCCUGGGGCAGCGUGCGGCCCCUGAUGAAGCUGCUAGAGAUCUCGGGGCACGGCAUCCCCUGGCUGCUGGGCACCCUCUACUGCAUGCUUCGGAGCGACAGCUGGGCCGGGCGCGAAGUGCUGAUGAACCUGCUCUUCGCCCUGCUGUUGGACCUGCUGCUGGUGGCUGUGAUUAAAGGACUGGUCCGCAGGCGCCGACCAGCGCACAAUCAGAUGGACAUGUUUUUCACCGUCUCAGUGGACAAGUACUCCUUUCCCUCGGGCCACGCCACGAGGGCCGCCCUGGUGUCGCGAUUCAUCCUGAAGCACCUGGUGCUGGCCAUUCCACUGCGGGUGCUGGUGGUGCUCUGGGCCUUCGUCUUGGGGCUUUCCAGGGUCAUGCUUGGGCGGCACAACGUCACUGAUGUAGCUUUCGGCUUUUUUCUGGGCUACAUGCUGUACAGCAUUGUGGAUUAUUGCUGGCUGUCACCCCACAAUGUUCCUGUUCUCUUCGUGCUAUGGAAUCAUCAAGUGACACCAUCUCAUUGAUUGUUGGCACCAGGAAGUCCAAAGGUUUCCACCUUCGAAGAAUCUGACCUAAACCAGAGCCAUCCAGUUGUCCCCUCGGCCAUUUCAAACACCUUUGGGAAUUCUGGGAUCACACUGUCUUGACCUGUUCCUAGGCGGGAGCACGUGCUGGCUAUUACUGAACACAGGCAUACUAGAGAAAGAAAGUCUAUUGUGUAUGUAUUCAGCAGCUGUUUAUCUCCAAGACAGAUGCAAAGAAAUCAAGCUGGCUGAUUAUACACUUGCUAUUUCUUUAAAGUUGACAGAUUAGUGUUAAUUAGUAAUCCCAAAAAACAGUGUUACCACUUGUAAAUUGAACAUUAAGAGACACGAGCUUCCAGAUAAACCAUGUGCUUAUUCCCAGCCCUUCCCCUGUGGUAGAUUUUAAACAGUAUUUUUAAAAUUUAAGGCAGAUUUUCCCAGUUUAUUCUCUGAACAUCUGUGGCCACAAUUGGAGCUUUUUCUGUAUCCUGGUUGCUUAAGAAGCUCUACCACCUUGGUGGAUUAGGUCAUCAGAAGAGGUCACACACAGCACUUGUCUUUCUUCCUAUUGCUCUCGAAAGGUCUUGAGGUGUUUACUUUCCACUGCUCUUUAAUAAUGUCUUUUAGCAUUCAUAGAACAAGCCAGGAUGUUAAAGAAGACAGACUGAAAAAGUGGGCUUGUCUAAGGGUCCCACAGAAAUGUAAGUAUGACACCACUGUUCAUUCCUGAUGACAGUCCGUAGCCAUGCAUAGCAGGUGGCCAAGAAGCUGAGCUGCUGGGGAGACUGAGGGUCUGGAAACAGACAGACCACAGAUGUCAAUGACCAGGGGCAGGAGAUGAAGCCCUGCUCCCCAUCAUCUCUAAGGAAUAGAGCAUAGGGUUCUCUAUUAAGGGG